GUGUGCGAGGUUUAAAAAUGGAGCGGGAAAGCGAUUUCACUGCCGCCUCCAUGCCACAGAUGACGGCGAAGGCGGCCUUUGUGGAUUGUGGCCCCUCAGAGGGUUGUUCUUCGGACGUCUUCGCUGAGAUCGAGUCGACAGCCGCUGGGUGGAUGCUGGAUUUUGCCUGUCGCUGCCUGUGCCGCCAUUUUUGCGAGGGCAACCGGAUCGACUUCGAGAGGAGCAGAGACCUGGCCCUGGCUGUUAUUAAAGGAUUGCACAAAAUAGAAACUCAUCAAAGGGAAACAGUGUGCCUCUGUCAGCUGUUGACAUAUAUUGCAGAAGGAAAAAUAUUUGGUUCAGAUUUUGGAGAUGACCAAAGACUUUCACCACUGGAAAAUGCUUUGUCAGUUUGGAUUUCAUUUCUAAAAACACAAAGCAAACAAGAUAAAUUGCAUAAAGAUAUCAAGUGCUUAAUUCAGAUUCAGGCAGUCGCUAUAUAUAUGGAAAAAGGAUAUUUUCAGGAGGCUGCAGAAGUGAUAGAAAGACUUUUUCCAGAAUCUUCCUCCAAGGAGCCUUUAAGAAUGAAGCUUUCUGCAAUAUUAAAACAAAAAGAUCCAUAUCAUCCAUUUCUUCGAUUUUUCAGUUUUAAUCUUUUGACUGAGAGAAUUAAAACUUAUAUCAAUAUUUUCUUGAAAAAAGAAACCAACAAUUUUUUAAUGAAGGAAGCUACAAAAGAGGUGAAAACAAAAAGUUUGGAAAAUAUAAUGCUACCUGUACAAUGCAACAGUACAGUUGAAAAAGAGAAAGAAAAUCAUUUGGGAAACACACCAAACACCCUGCUAAAAUUACAUAAACGUUCCUGUUUCUUACCUGAUCAGUCAUUUUGGAAACCAAAGCAGAUACGGAUUUCCCCCAUGCCUCAAAGUAUAAAACGAAAAACUCUUCAAUGUAAACAAAAUCUGCAAAAUACUAUAGAUGCUCUACAAGAUGAGUCUCUGCCAGCUUGUCAGAAAAAACAGCCAUGGAAGUGGGAAGAAGACCAGAAAUUAAAAAAUGGUGUACAGAAGUUUGGAGUUGGAAACUGGAUGACAAUUCUUCAGAAUUAUGACUUUAAUAAUAGAACCAAUGUUAUGUUAAAAGACAGAUGGAGAACUUUAGUUAAGUUAGACUUGGCCUAAGUUGUUUUUUCCUCUAAUACUCCACCUAUUACUUACCUCUUUAUAUUUUGAUGAUGAUGUGAUGAACUUACCAGGUUGUGUCUUAAAUAAAUAUAAAACAAACUAUUUUAUGCAGUUAUAGUUCCUAAAAAUAGUUUUUGAUGUCUUCAGUUGAUUUUUGAAAAUUUAGAGGUGAUAAGAUGUUAAGUUGAAAGUCUAUUACCUAGUUAUCAUCUGAAUAAAGUUGCUUAAGACAAGCAACUUCAAAUUGAUUUAACCUUUCAUUCUGGAGAGCUUGUAAGAAAUUCAGGCUAAUACCUUGCAGGAUCAAAACUACUGCAAAGUUAAGACAUAAGUAGAGUCUUAAGCAGACAAGUUUAAAAUUGAUGUUGGAUCUGUUUAACUAAGGACAUCCUCAUUGUUCUAUGCAAAGGGGACAGGGAGAUUAAAUUUUUCAGUGCAAGAAAUACUUUACCAAAGAAAUCAUGCUUUAGGGUAUAGGAGUAUUUCUGCAACUCCUUCCAUAAUCUUUUUUAGGGUUCGGGGACUGAUAAUUUGGCUCCUGCAAUGCUUUAUUGAGUUAACUAUUCAAAUAUGAAAGCAUUAUGUUCAACUUGUGAGCAACACUAAAGUGAAAUGUAGAGAUUGUGCUUCUGGUCAUUCUAACAAAUAUAUUGUGUUUUUAAGUUCAAUUCAGAGUGCUGCAUUUUUAAUUUG